UUUAUAUAAUGCGUUUAACAUAGGAAAACAUUCUCCUACAUUUGCAGAAACAUAAUCAGAUAACAAGAAUAAGGAGAUAUCAGGAGCCAUGAUUUAUAGCUUAGUUAAUUUCUUUUCGUAAUUCACCUGUGGGACAUGGUGUUACUGGCAGGCCAGUAGUUAUUGCCUAUCCCUAACUGUAUUUGAACUGAGCGGCUUGCUAGGCUGUUUAGAGGGCAGUUAAGAGUCAAUCACAUUGCUGUGGGUCUAGAGUCACUUGUAGGCCAGACCAGGUUAAGUAUGGCAGUUUAAUUCCUGAAAGGGCAUUAAUGAACCAGAUGGGUUUUUCCCAUUAUCAGCCAAGGUUUCAUGGUCAUCAAUAAAUUCUUAAUCCCAGACUUUUUAAAAAAUCAUUAAAUUCAAAUUCUAACAUCUGCCUUGGCGGGAUUAUAACCCAGAUCCCCAGAACAUUAGCUGAGUUUCUGAAUGAAUAAUCUAGUGACAAUAUCACUCGGCUUUCACCUCCCCUCAGAAUGAAAGGUUUUAAAGAGGGUGUUAAAGAACAGAAAGAAGUAGAGAGACAGAAAAAAAAUUGAGGAAGGGAAGCCUGAAGGAUAACGUAUAUGCAGACACCCACAACUCGGGAUUCUCCAGACUGCUAUCUUAAUGUGUAGGCAUCAGUGUUGGCUUGAAACACAUGAUAAAGCACUCAGCUCAGGUAAAUAGAACAGUGACUAUGAACAGUUUAAUCUAGCCUGAGAUUUUUGCAGUUCUGAAGAAGAAUCAUUGGACUCGAAACAUUAACUCAAGCUUCUCACUCCAGAUGCCGCCAGACCUCCAGCAUUUUCCGUUUUAAUUCAGCUCUCAAGCAUCCUCAGUAACACACAAUUCCUACAGAGUGGAACCAGGCUGUUUGGCCUAUCAAGUCCACACCAAACCUCUGAACAGCAUCCCAUCCAGUCCCACCCCAUCCCUGUAACCCUGCAUUUCCCAUGGCUAAUCCACCUAGCCUGCAACAUCCCUGGGACACUAUGGGCAAUUUAGUAUGGCCAAUCCAUCGAACCUGCACAUCAUUGGACUGUGGGAGGAAACCGCAGGACCCAGCAGUUUCUACUCACGCAGACACGGGGAGAAUAUGCAAACUCCACACAGUCACCCAAGGCUGGAAUCGAACCCAGGUGCCUGCCGCUGUGAGGCAGCAGUACUAACCACUGAGCGUCAUAUUUUGCUUUUAUUAUUGUUUCCUUACAGCUAUGUGCAAACAUUAAGCAAACAAAAUGCAAAACGCUGGAGUGGCUAAAACAAGGUUAAAUAGUGAUGAUACACCAAUGUUGGAGAUUCAAUUUACCAUGCCAUAAAGUAGAACACAAACUUCAUUCCAGAUGCAAUCUCAAGUGUAUAUGGUGAGCUGUUAUACAGAGACAUGUGAUUUUUCCCAUGGAGUGGGAGAGACUCAUUUUACACAAUCCUUGCACACCUUCUGGAUACUACCUUCUUGGUUGUUUAGCUAGACGGUAGGUACUAGAACCCCAUUGGAUUUAAUAGCCCCAGUACUGAAACACAAUAGAAAAACAUUGAGUCAUAUCCAUAACUGUUAUCAGAAGCACCACUGAUCCAAAUGUUCCAAAUCUUCCUACCUCAAGCUGAAGAUGAAUUCCUUUAACUGUCUAGGAAUAAAGAUCAUGUGACAGCGGUUAUUUUACCUCAACACAGAUAGUUUGGCGCCAAUCUAAACAUAAAUGGGUGGAAAUCUUUUUCUAGGCUGUAAUGAUCCAGUUUGAAGCAAAUCUCAGGGAGUACGGCAGAAGACUGCCCUUGCUUCGAGACAUAUGUGCAAUAAAGGACUAAACAUCUCAAAAUGGCCAAGUCCCAGCCCGCCAUUUUCAGUUCAGUAACAUUAGUAACUGUAAAACCCACAACUUUGUAAUUCACACUCUUGUCAAUGACGUCUCAAUGCAUGUAGCUUGAAUUACAGAAAAGGAAUUCUUAAUGCAUUAAAAAAAAUGUAUUUUUAAACUGAAUAGCCCAGGGAUAGAGAAAUGGCAUAGGUGUGUUAGGACUAAAGGUAAUAAUUGAAGUAAUAAUGAUCUGGUGUAAUGAUAUUGUAAGUGUCAUCAUAAUUUUUUCUGGCUGACAAUUUAGAAAAAUACCAGAAUGUAGAAGGUGGUGUUUGUAAUUUCACUAAUUAUGUAAAUUAAAUUAAAUUAAAUUUCCGUAUCUGGACCACGCUAGUGGUGUGAACUCCUACACUAUUGUCAUGCUCUCUCCAAGUAUUCCCGUUCUAGACUUUGUGCAGAUGAAUUGUUCUUAUAGGUAUUUUUGACAGUGUUGCUGGUGAACACACGAGUCAAAGCGUAAAGCAAUCUACAGCAAGUCGUUUUUCUAAAUGUUAUAUUUUGCAAAUUAAAAAAAAAAGACCCUUCAGGAGCAGAGAGACGAAGCCUUCCCACAAUGCGAGUGAGGUUGCACAUCCUUCGAUACAUCCGUGUGUCUGCAUGUUUUACGGCAUUUUGAAAACGCAACCUACGAUGCAAAAACAAAAUUACCGCUCGAAACAUAUUCAGAUUGUCUUUUUCCUUUGUUAAUGCAAAUUUGCGACUGUUACUUUGGUAUUUCCAUUAGCAUAUGAUUUAUCUGCUUUGCUGGAUGUUGCGUUUAAUUCCCAGGGCUCCAGUGUUCAUCCUGUAUCUUACAGACAAGCAACCUGUACUCUCUAAAUGCCAUCGAUUGCCGGGGUGGUAAAAUAAAUCGAGUUCAGUCGAUUGCAAUUGUCCAAUCGACAUUACCAUCAUGUAAGCGGCUGAUGGAAGCAGUUCCCCUCCUACUCCCCAGACAGUUAUUACAUUUUACACAAAUCGACACACACAAAUGGAAAGCCUCUCCCUUCAUCACAGUCAGCCCUGCAAAUAAAGAAUUAAUUUGCAACAAAAAAUUAAAUAGAAAUUGCUGGAGAAACUUAGCAGGCCUGGUAGCACCUCUGUGGAGAAAACAGAGUUCACGUUUCGAUCCUCUUUUUGGAAGUGUAUCCUUCUUUGUCUCAAAUUUUAUUUUUUUUUGCAAAAACAGAAAUUGCAGGAGAAGCUCAGUCGAUCCGGCAGCAUCUGUGAAGAGAGAAGGCAGAAUUAAUUAAUGACGCGUCUUCGUAACUGCAUUCUCCUUUGUUUUCAGAUUUUAGCUUUGCAUAAAUAUAAACUGCCGGAGAAGUUCGGCAGCAUCUGUGGAGAGAGAAAGCACAGUUCACGUUUCGAGUCCAGUGAGCCCUUCUUUUCGGAAGUGCAUCCCUCUUUGUAAUAGAUUUUAUUUUUGCGAAAAGAAAUUGCUGAGAAGCUUAGCAGAUCCGGCAGCAACUGUGGAGAGAGAGAGAGAGAGAGAGAGGAAAGCAAGAGUUCACGUUUCGAGUCCAGUGAGCCCUUCUUUGCAGAACUGCACCCUCCUUUGCUUUAAAUUUUUUUUUUGCAAACUGUGUUUUUGGACGGUUUGAUCUUUCAUGGCCACCGUCAUGUGUGCAGUAGCACGCACAAGUUGAGGCAUUGCAGGAAGAAAAGUUUGGGCAGACCCCGUUUGCUCUGCUUUCCUCUCUCCCUCCGCCUGCGGGAAGUGGAGCUUUUUUUUGCGUUUGUGUGUGGCAGCUCGCGGGCAGCAUCGCCCCGCGCGCGCCCGGCCUGUCCCGGGCUCAGGUUCCAAUUUGGAACGUUAGGUCGUCCAACGGCCUCCCCGUUCCCCAGGGGAACGUCCCGCUCGGCCCCAUUGUUCCUUCGCCAUGCUCGAGCCGCUCGCGCGCUGGCUGCAGGUGCUGCUGCUGCGGGGCAGCGAGUGGCUGCUCGGAGGCGGUCUCUCUGAUCCCGGUCUCGGUGCUUCACCCGCGACCGCUCUCCGCCUGCUGCCGGGCGCCUCCGCCGCCGUCGUGCUGCUGGCGGCUGCCGUCGUCGUCGUUGUUGUUGUUUUCCUCCUCCAGGGUCGAGGCCACGCCGCCGCCAGCCGGGCCCCGCCGGUUGAGGAGCGCUCGCUGCUCGGGGAAGCCGCGACGCCUCCCUGGAAGAAGCCGAGGCAGCACGAAGAGGCGAGGAAGAAGAGGAGGAAGGAGAAAGCGAAGGUGCCACUGAACGGACAUCCUCCCCUUUCAAAUGACAUACAACUAAUUGUUGCAGAAGAAACAAAAGAGUCACAAGCUACAGAGAAGAAAGGUCUUAAGGUCAAGAAGAAAAGACAGCGCUUAGAUGAGAAAUCAACAGAGCAAAGUAUUUCAGGAAACAAAGAAAAAAAUGAGGAAGAUGCUGGUGACUGGGUUAUGAAAAUCAGUAAUCGAGAGAAACGUCAGUUGAGAAAAGAGCGCCAAAAGAAAAAAUGUGACACAAGUUUCUUGGAUCCUAAUUUUCCUCUUUAUUCUGAUGGAAGCAAGGCUGCUUCAAGAUCAGCUAAGGACAGUCGGGGCUCAGAUGAUCAAGAAGAGACCAUUGCAUGGAAGGCUUCAUCUGAUUCUUUAGCUGAUACAGUUUCCAGCUGGAAUGAGGCCACUGACAAAGCCGUCACGUGGCAAUUCACGGGGGGAGGAGAUGCAAACUCUGUGGCAUGGGGACCCUCAGACAGACCAAUGACUACCUCAGGUUGGGGAGUGACAACCAAGGACUUGAGUAGUAGUGGAAUUGACUGGGACACUGCAGAUUCUGCUGAGCAGGACAUCUUCGCUAAUAUAGGUACAUGGGAAAACAAGACAGGUGUUAGAAGCCCUCCUGUGACCUUUGGAGCAUUUACUGAUCCUCCCGAAGCAAUUAUCCAAGACACAACUUCAUCUCAAGAUAGUCCAUCAAGGUGUUAUUUGAGUGCCUCAUUGCCUUCUCAUACAAUUGAUGAAGCAUGGCUUGGACUAGAUGACCCCUUUGCCAUUGACCUUAACUCUGAUUGGAGCCCACCUACAGAAGAAUGGGGCAACUGGACAGGGGAGGAAACUUUAACAACCCAGGAACUAGGAAAAGAGAAACUAAAGGUGUCCGAUGGGGAGGAAGAAAAAUCUCUGGUUAACCCUGCUGGCAUUGGGAAGUCAAAACGAAAGAAGAAAAAGAAGAAGGGCAAGCAAACAGAGGAUUCUGUUGGAAGUGAAGAGGUAACAUUGGAAAAACCCAGCACUAAAUCACAAACUGAACUUGGAAAAAUCCAUCCAAUUAUUACUAACUCUUCUGAAGUCCAUUUUAUUUUAACGGGUUCAGAACUAAACAAGCUCAAAGAUGAUUCUGAAAAGAAGAUUCUGAAGGAUGAGGAUCCAAAGGGAACGGUAACAGAAAGACCGGAAAUUGGAAUAGAACAGUGUUUAACAGAGAUUGCUUUUUCUGAUCCGUGGAAUACAGGGGGCAGUACACCAUCCAGUAAAAAUAAUGGCUUCACUUUAGAUUGUGCCAAAACAGAAAAGAAGAAAAUGAAAGCGAGAAGAGAAACCUGAUGCUGCCUUUUCAUUUGUGUAAAUGGUUCAGGUUUUUAACUCUGAUAUUGUCACCAGUUACUGCUAAAUUAGCUACAAGCGUUCUGCUGCAGGAAACAUUGCACUAAGUUCAUAAAAUGAACAAAGGGACAAAACAGUAGGAAACUCUGGUCUAGUCAUGGAAACCACAGAGGUAAGGCAAAGGAGUAGUUAAAGCCAAGUUCUUAUUGUUACUGAGAGGUGAAAAUCAGCCGCAAAAGGGAUGUAUCUCCUACGUUCCCUGUAGAUUUUACUUUUUAGCACAACAGGGAAUGCAAAAGUUGUUUUGCCAGUUCUAAGCAGCCUCAAAUGUAAGUCAAUAUAGAAACAGGCAAGACAUUUUAUUUAAAAUGUUGUAUAUUUACUUGCAAUUUGUUUAAAACUGUCCAUGCUCAUUUCGUCUCCACAGGAAUAGAUAUAUUGUGUCUUAUUGUGUCAGAGUCUGUACUUUAAAACUAAUCAUGGCUGCAUGUCUGUGUCUUAAGUAAUUACUACUGGUUACUUGCAUUUAGGAUCAUACAGAUUAAGAGAUGGUUUCCCUCGACAGUGUUGAGGUAUAAAUAUGGAAUCAGCUGUUGUUUGUCUACUGUCAGCUCAUAGCAAUAUUAUAGUACUUCAGGUAUUACUCAGUAACUUUACUUGUCCAGAUUAAGUAUUUAAUUACUAUAAUUUUGCAUCUUUCAGGAUGAAAAUUGACAAAACCUGUUUUUGCAAAAUAUGCAGGACAGCCAUAGAACCCCAACCUACUCAACAUGUUUUGUACCUUUUUGUCAGUGGUGCCAAUGCUUUCGCUUUGUUUUUUGAUAAAUCCAUACUUUCACAUUUGAGUGUUCUAUUAUCAGUCAGACUGAUUUAUUUCUGAUUCCUGGAAAAGGAAUUAAUGUCCAAAUUUAAAUUAGUUAUUAAAGAAUAAGAUUAUCUCAUUCCAAUCAGCAGGGUAAUCUUUAAUGGCAUAAUAAAAGCAAAAUAUUCCAGAUGCUGGAAAUCUGAAAUAAAAAGAAAGUGCUGGGUAAAUUCAGCAGGUCUGGCAGCAUCUGUGGAGAGGAUUGGCAGUACAGUUAUUGACCUAAGUAGAAUGAAAGGUAGAUAUUUGCAAGAAAUGGGCUCAUUUUAAACCAUUUUGCUGUAAACAGAGUCAGGGUUAAUGUACAAAUACGAAAGUUUAAGAACUAACUGAUUUGGGGCCUUCUGAAGAGCGCUUAACUUUGUUACCUUGAAAUAGAGCCUUAUAAAUUUCACAAACUGUAAGUGUCAGUCAUAGGCAGUCAUCUUACAAUAUAAUGACCUGCUGUUGCCUUCUGAGAUCUAGCCUUUUUUCCAUGAAAUUUUUAAACUAAUAAUUUAUUUUCAUGUUUCGUCCAAUAUUCUUAGACUAAAUGAACCAUUGAGCAGUAAAAUGGCAAGCUGUGUGAUCUCUGGUGAGAUUUGACCACUUACAAUAUAAUGAUAAUUGUUUGAAUUAAAGAAAUAAAUUGUUGUGUUGGAAUCUGACAACAAUAAAACCUGAGUUAGCGCUAACAAAACGUGAAUAUCUCAACAAGUAGUCCAACAACAUUAAAUAUACACUGGCAAGAACACACACCAAGUUAUCUUACAGAAAGUAAAUCAGCACCUGUGACUUUUCUAGGUGUACAUCUUGUGUAUUUAUUUUCUAGAGUAGUCAAUAUUAGAUGUAAUUCUGUGUAAAAUCGGGGUGGUUUUCCAAUUUCAUUUGGAAGAAAAUUCAGUUAAAGGGCAAUUUGAAAUCAAAGCAACAUAGUAUUUUAUGUAAAUAGCCUAACAGACAACUGAUACCUCCUAAACCAGUAUCCUUAAAUAUAGCAUUUACUAUUUGCAAAGAGCUAUACUAUCCAUAUUUAUGAAGGUGUUUGCUACAGUUGCUAACCCAAUACAUUUUUUUAACAAUCAGUGGUAAACAAUUAUAAACUCAUGCAAGAUUCUGAUUAUCUGUAUGACCGAUGGAUUUUUUUUUUCCAGCUGUACAAAGAACAACUUUUUAAACUGGUCAUGUGGUGGCCAAAUCAGCCUUAAUGAUGACUUGACAAUUUUAUAGGAGUAGGUUUAACAGUUCUCACUAAUGUUCUUGUUAGACAGUAUUUCUUUGUUUUUAUAAUUGUUGGAGUGUUUUAUUUCCUACCCUUCCCCAAUGGCAGCAGUUUAUAUUGAAUUAUGAUGUACUUCUGUGAUAUAUUUUUCAAGAUAAGAUUUGACUUCUUGUCUGCUAUGAAGUUUAAUGCCUGUUGUGCUUUAGCUAAUUAGUUUACUUUUAUUUCAUAAACAUCCUGAUGCAAUGAUAAUUUGCUACAUCAAUUAAUGUAAAAUUUAAUUUUGAAAUAUUUUGUAGCAAAUAAUAACUAUUUAGUUAGGUCAAGAGGUGUUUUAUUCAAACCUAUAUGUAACUAAAAUCUAGUUAAUGCAACCUUUUUCUGUUCUCAUGACUGAUUUAGUCAACAGAACUAAUGCUAAGCAAACCAGUAUAUAAGGCAUUCAUUUAAAGUUUGGGAAACUUUAAGACGUGCAACACAGAAGAUUUAAUGGCAGGUUUAUGCUGCACAAAAUGUGUUUAACAAGGGAGCUACAUUUUUAUGAUAACUGAAUUACUUUUAAUUUGAAUUCUGGGUUACUGAAGCUUACUGAUUUCCUACUUGUAAAAUGCUGAACAGUUAUUCAGUUAAGAUAGUCCAUAAAUCAGUUACUGGUUUUUUGAUAAUAUGGACAAUUUUUCUGUACACGUCUGCAUUAUUGUAUAAUAUGUUUGCACUUUAUUGUAGAAUUUGUGCGAUAUUUUUAGUUUGUGUUCUAUAACAUGUUCUGUGUUUCAACAAGUAUUUAUCAUGAGGUAAAUACGCUACACAAUGGGGAAUAGUGGAACACACAGUUUAUCCUUUUCAUAAGACAGACCUGCUCUUCAUGAAGGUCUUAAAAAAGGAUAAUAAAAAUACUUUCAUGAUAGUAAACCAUGUGUGUGAUGUAAUCUUUGUGUUAUGUUAAUUUAUGUAGAAUAAUUUGUUUUAAAAAAUCUUUUACAAUACUUUUGGAGGUAUUUCUCGUAAUGAACAUAAAGCUGUGAAAAUGGAGUUUGUACAGUGGUAUUGUAAUUUGCGAUAUAGUGAAUAUGUUGAAGGUGUACUCAGCACAUGCUGGUAAAUAUAUGAUCGUUUUUAUUGUGUAAAGAAAGUGACGUUUUACUUGACAGCUAAUAGUAAAAUCAGUAUUUCAGUAUACAUUUUGUUAGACCUACAUAAACUGUUUACAUAAACAUUUGAACGUUUUCAUUAAACGUCAGUUGCCAUACUCAGGCAAUAUUAAACAAC